CUUGUACAUCCGGAUCCUGUUUCCGGCCAACAGUCCGCUGAGCUGAAGUUUGUACGAUAUUGCAUUUGUAUCUGCUUGAAAAUCAAGAUUCAUAGAGGAGUCCAACUUUGAGAUGGCCUCCAACUUCAGUGGAGCACUACAGCUAACAGAUCUGAAUGAUUUCAUUACACCUUCCCAGGAAUGCAUCAAACCUGUGAAGAUAGACAGAAGACCUGGCAAAGUUGGUAAAAUCAAGAUAGAAGAUGAUGGAAGUUAUUUAGAAGUAUUAGAGAGUGGUGCAGAGAGGAAGCUUGAGAAAGCCAAGAUCACACUAAAUGACUGUCUUGCCUGUAGUGGCUGUAUCACCUCGGCAGAGAGUGUACUUAUCACACAGCAGAGCCAGGAGGAACUGUACAAGGUCCUUCGGGAAAACCUUCGCUUACAGGAGACUGGCGAUACUAAUGGACAGAAGGUUGUGGUGGUAUCCGUUUCUCCUCAGUCCAGGGCAUCCUUGUCAGCCAAAUACAACCUGUCUGUCACAGAUACUGCACACAAACUCACAUGGUUCUUAAAAAAAAUAGGUGUUCACUAUGUGUUCGAUACAACAUUUUCACGAAACUUCAGUCUAUUGGAGAGCUGUCGGGAGUUUGUCCAGCGGUAUAGAGAUUCAGAGACAGACAAAUCAGCCUUGCCGAUGUUGGCAUCAGCUUGUCCUGGUUGGAUAUGUUACGCUGAAAAGACCCAUGGGACAUACAUCUUGCCUUACAUCAGUACAGCCAAGUCGCCCCAACAGGUGAUGGGUUCGCUGGUAAAGGACUUCCUCGCCGGUCACUUGGGUGUCCAGCCCAAUAAUAUCUUCCAUGUAACAGUUAUGCCCUGUUACGACAAGAAGCUGGAAGCGUCCCGGUCUGAUUUCUACAACGAUCUGUACAGUACCAGAGAUGUGGAUUGUGUUAUCACAACAGGCGAAGUGGACCAAAUGCUUAUCAAAGAAGGUUUGAACCUGGCUGAGUUAGAAGGCCUUGAUCUGGACAUGAUUGUGCCUGGAAUGCCCCCACUAGAACUGACCAAUCACGAUGGAGGCGGGUCUGGUGGAUACCUGGAGCAUGUCAUGAAGUACAGUAUUACCCAGAUCUUUGGACAGGAAUGUGGCCAGCUUCAGUAUAAAACUCUCAGGAAUCAGGACUUCCAGGAAGUAACGAUUGAAGUAGAGGGGCGUCCUCCCCUGAAGAUGGCCAUAGCAUAUGGAUUUAGAAACAUACAGAACAUUGUGCAGAAAGUGAAGCGAGGUAAAUGUCCAUAUCAUUUUGUGGAAAUCAUGGCAUGUCCGACAGGAUGUAACAAUGGUGGGGGACAACUCAAGCCCGAUACUGGAGAGGAGACAACGAAGGAUAGACUUCAGCGUGUUACAGAACUGUAUAACUCCCUGUCAACACGGACCCCCGACUGUAUACCAGGCGUGGAACAGUUAUACACAAACUGGCUAGGUGGGGCAGACUCUGACAAGGCCAAACAAAUGCUCCAUACAUCAUACCAUGGUGUGGAGAAAAUAGCCAGUGCCCUUACCAUCACAUGGUGACAACACAGGAUACUAGGUUGUAAAUUCUGUUGUGUGGUUUCUGAUGACAUUCGACUGUGUUUUUCUGUUUGGGAUAUUUCUACAUACAUUUGUGAUAAUUCAGUUAAUAUAUUUAUUCAUUCCUUGUCAACUUUGCUCUCCAAUAAAUGACAGGACUGUGAUAUAGUAGAAUUAGGAUGUUAAUUCCUGGACACGAUUUGUGAUGGAUUAAUUACAAAGGUUUAAUCAAAUGUCUUCAUGAAAAAUGUCAUGGUUUGAUAGUAGAUUUUGAUGUGUAUCAAAUAUCAAUUAAAAGGAAUUUGAAAUUUGCCAUAUAUUAUUAUUAUUAAAAUCAGAUAAAUAUCAUAUAUAUAUAACCAACUAGGUACCAUUCUUUGUUUAAAAUAAGACUAGUAACUACAGCAACAAACAGGAAUUAACACAUACAAAGGUUAAAAUGUCACAUAUGAAAGUUACGUGAUAAUUGUACUGUAUUAUAUGUAUGAUACCACAACUAUCAAUUCCAUUAAAAUCUUUUGUGACAUAAUGAUAUUGUAUUGAAUUUGACAGUGACAACUGAGUGAGAACAUAUAUACCUUGUAGUAUGUGUAUUUACUUAUAAACAUAUGUAUUCUUU